GUUCGCACUGCGUCCGCUGCUCGUCGCACCCGCUGCUCCCGCCGCCGCCAUGUCGACCGCCAUGAACUUCGGGACCAAGAGCUUCCAGCCGCGGCCCCCGGACAAAGGCAGCUUCCCGCUGGACCACUUCGGUGAAUGUAAAAGCUUUAAGGAGAAGUUCGUGAAGUGUCUCCGUGACAAUAAUUUUGAAAAUGCUUUGUGCAGAAAUGAGUCAAAAGAGUAUUUGGAGUGCAGGAUGGAGAGGCAGCUCAUGGCACAGGAGCCACUGGAAAAGCUGGGGUUUAGAGAUUUGAUGGCUGGAAAGUCGGAGUCAAAGAGUCAGUCUUGAGAAGAGGACGUCGAGGGCUGCAUCCAUCCUGGACUGCCGAUGCCAGGGUGGCGCCUGCCUGCGGAUCCCCUUGGCGGGACUCGCUCUUCUCCAGAUGCUCCAAGCCUUCUUCAGACGCUAUCCUUUCAGACCCCAUUCUCCCUCGGGGUGGCUGUUCCUCACACCGUGUGUCACAGGGUCCCGGGGCCAGGCCAGGAGGCAGAACGCCAGAGUGAGUCCUGAGUGUGCCACCGCUCGGCACACGCGCUCCUGCUGUAGGACGCGGUGUUCCCCACACACAGGGGCCAUCGGGGCAGCUGCUCCCAGGCAGUGCCCCUCCGCACAGGUGCCUGCCGGCCCUCCCCACCCACGGUUUUCACUUCUUUUGGGACAGGGUCUCACUGUGGAGCCCAGGCUGGCCUUGAACUCGCGAUCCUCUGCCUCGGCCUCCUGAGCGCAGGGGUGACAGGUGUGGCCUCCGCCCCCCCCAUCUCCCUUUUUCCUUAAAUGAAGCUGGAGUGCGAUACGGGAAGUGGGAUUCUUUCUCUGUUGGCGGCGAGCGCCUGCAGCUGACUGGGACCGGGCUGCGUUUGUAGGUGCUCAGUUUCCGUGCUUCCUCUGCAUGCCUUGCACAACUUUUGGAAGCGUCAAACCACCUUGAAAUAAAACGUGGUAAAGUGGUUGCUUCUCCUCUGGCGAUGGCGCGGGCGAGGGUCCCAGUGGACCCCAGGAAGGGAGUGCGGCCCGCGGCUCCCCAUGGGGGACGUGGGAACCCGUGGCCUGUCCUCCUGCCAAAGCUUCCCGGGUGAUUUUUGUCGUCCUCCAUCAGUCAUAAGGACACACUUCACCAGGGUUGGCCGUGCAGGUCUGUAAUCCCAGCACUUGGGAGGCUGAGUCAGGAUCAUGAGUUCGAGGCCAGCCUGGUCUACAUAGCGAGACCUUGUCAACAAAGCAGUAAAUAAACGCCACCCGGCACAUCUCCCAGCUGUUCUGUGUUGCGUGAAUCUGGAGGGUGGGAGGCGUCCGUGGUCACAGCCCAGGGCCUGUGGUCCCCUUCCCAGAAAGGCAGUGACUGACCUGGAGGCCGGCAGAGCCCGUCCAGCCCCAGGACGGAAGCUGGACCUGC